AUGAAGCGCAUUCUGGUUGCAAAUACCACCCAACUCCCGGGGACUGCACCACCAUUACCAGGUUCUGACAUUGUCCUUCCAUACUUUCUGAUUGGAGACUCUGCCUAUCCUUUACAACGGAUAGGUUCAAACUUGACCUAUGAGAGGCGUAUUUUCAGCUAUCGCCAUUCCAGGGCCAGACGCUGCAUCGAAUGUGCUUUCGGUGUGUUGGCAUCAAAGUGGCGUGUCUUGAAAACUGCGAUAGAAGCAAAGCUGGAAACAGCUGAAAUGAUUGUGCUAGCCUCAGUUGCUCUUCACAAUGCUAUCAUCUGGAACAAGUGA